CGGUUCCUAGGAGGUUUUUCAUCUUUUUACCCUACUACUGUUUCAUCCGCACUGCAGGAUUCAAAACACUUUGGUUACUUGACCGCAGAACAGGCAAUGGCUGACUAUGCUUCACUUAUCUCUAACUUAACUGCCAGUUAUGCCGACUUCCAGUCAUCUGCAGUGAUUGCAAUUGGUGGAUCUUAUGGCGGCAUGUUGGCUGCAUGGAUGCGAAUGAAAUAUCCAAAUCUCGUACAUGGGCAAGUUAAUCUCUCAUUUUUUUCGCUCCUUCCAUCGGUUCCUAUAGUUUGUGCUUAA